CUUCAAUGGAACAGUGAAUAAAUGCUCUUACUUGCAAGAUAGUUGACAUACUUCACAUAAUAUAUGAUUUAUUUUUUAGAUACACAGUUGAAUAGAUUAACAUAGAAUCACAAGUCAUCAUCCUACAUGCAUUCAACUUAAUCUUAACAUUCCAGUUAUAGUCAAAUGUACUGGAGUGCAGGGUGAAAAGAAAACUAAAAAUGGUCACUUCUACUUAAUAUGUUCUACACUGUGUAAACAUUUAACCUUCUGAAAUGAGUGGUCAAAUGAGGAUUAUAACCUCAGUGACAUAAAACUGCUACCACCAGUGUUUCUUUUUGAGAUAAGUCAUAUAAAUCUUUAUGAAGUGUGUCAUAAACUUUUAACUAAGUAAAAUACUUUGUAUCACCUCAUUGUGCCAGAAACUUACCAUUAUAAAUAUUAAACAUCGGUAAAGCAUCAACAAUAUAUUUCAGAUGAAUAGACAUGUAUGUAUUCACAUUAAUGCACAAACACAUUACACAGAACAUUUUACAGAUAUAGUACAGACAAGAGACAUUAAAAUACUAUAUAACAAAACAAUUUAGUCUAUUCAGUAAAAAAACUGAAGCAUUCAUGACGAUUUAUGGUGAUUUUAUUUCUUUGCCUACAUUGACGCUAAUGCAUUAAGAGUAGGCGGUCCCCUGUUCCAAUCUGCUGACGUAUACACGGCGACAUCUAUGUGGCUCCAGGCUCCAUAUGGAAAGGCAAAGGAAAGGUUAUUAGAAGACUCGCUAGUGGAUCUUUCUGGUGGAAAGGAGGCACUGGGCGGUCUUUUAGACAAAGAAACAAGAAAAUCAUGAAAUGAUAUAAAAUGGUGUGUUAUGCUGGUCGGGAUGCGGUUAACAUGGAUUUUUCUGUUUCUUUUGUGUUUUGCCAGCAUUAAAGCCAUAAAGGUCAUUGGUCGGGAUGUGACUGUAACAGCAGGAGAUGAUGCGCAGUUAUUCUGUGAAGCGAUCGAGACAACAGAGCCUCUAACAACUAUUAGGUGGCAAAGACGAACAAAGAAAAAACCAACAAAUACAGAUUUUCUGGUUAUCACUUCCAGUGGCAAAGAAGAACAUAUAAACGGACUGAGAGACCGAGUAAAAUUUGCAGGGAAUUUGGCAGUACUGGAUGGCUCAAUUCUUCUAAGUAAUGUUACUAUUUUAGAUGAAGGAAUCUACACUUGCAUCUUCAGCGUAUUUCCAAGUGGACCAUAUAAAACAGAAAUUCGUCUCACAGUACAAGUUCCUCCUGUUGUCACUGUGGGCACUAAUGUUCCUGCUGUUGCUGGAGACACUGAAGGGAUUUUAGCGACCUGCACUGCAGCCAAUGCAAAGCCUGCAGCAGAAGUGUCGUGGAGUCUGGGUGCUUUAAACAACACAGUGAAAGUACAAAAUACUGUUACUGUGGACUCUGAAGAUAGAUACACUGUUAAAAGCAACCUGAUUGGAACUGCAUCUAAAGAUCUAAACCAGAAGAAGGUUCAGUGUGUAGUCACACACCCUGGCCUGAAGCAGAACCUAGAGAUGAAUUACACAUUGGAUAUUCACUAUCCUCCCCAGGUGGUUUAUAUUAGUUCAGCAGGUGAUCAAGGGGAAACCCGUGAAUUUCUGUGUGACACAGACGCUAAUCCAAAACCUACCAACUUUACCUGGGGCAGAUAUUUUCCAGUGAACGAGACUCUUUCCAGUGGUGUUAAUAGCAGUCUGAUUGUUCAGCUGACCCCUGAUAGUAACGGACCUUACUAUUGUGUGGUGUCUAACCAACACGGGGAAGCUGUUGGUUCCCUCUAUAUGUAUGUUAAAACAUCUACAGAAUCUAAAACCUGUUGGACUCUGUUCAUCCUGACCCUCGUUGCUGGGGUUUGCUGUUUUCUCUUUUGGAAAUUUGAAUUGUUUCAGCGUGUUAAUAAAAUACUGCGGCGUGAUAUCAGUCAACCUGUGCGUACGGAAUCUCCAGACCAUGAAGAGGAGCAUUGAUACAUGAAUCUAACCUCUCUACUGGGACCAUACCUUGCCGUGGUGGAGGGGCUUAUCCUCCUUCAAGUGAGGAGAAAACCAAAUGGUCCCACAGGUUUUGUCACCUAAUGGUCCAAUUUGGGGCUCCAUCUUUCCACUUGUCAAGAUUAUGGGUUUCUAUAACAUUAUAAGGUUUGUUGACUAAUCUGCUGUCAUGAGCAUGGUCCUUCAACAGGACUACAAGCAGGUCUAAAAAAUUCCUGAAGUGAGAGGAAGACACCAAGGCAUCUGAAACAAGAGGACAUCACAAACAUAACUUCUUUUAACAUAUCCUCAAUUGAUUACACCUGGAUGCUUAUUACAGAAACUUUUCAUCUCAUCCUACUGUAGAACUGGGUGAAGCCUAUUCUAGCAGGUGAGUGACUCUCUACAGACCAUAUAAAGUAGAUAAAGCAAACAUCAAGUAGAGUUCUGGUAAGUUUAGACCGAUUUAAGAUGACACCAGCUAGUCCCUUUUCACAGGGAAUCCAUCCAACAGGUAUAUUAACAAAUUAAAUACAGUACUAUGUUAAUUAAAUAAGUAAAAGUCUAUACACAGAACUCUGAUUAAAAUCUAACAGGAUGUCUGCAGUCACACAGAAAUUUACUGUUUGUUUAGUUCACUUUUUAUUUAAACCUGUUGGACUGGACUGAUUCAAAACAUAUUUACAUUUCAGUUCUUUAGUAUUGUAUAUGCUGAUUGCACAUGGUGCUAGUUUUUUUUUUUUUUUUUUUUUUUUGGCUUCACAGUGAUUAUUAUGUAAAAUUACUUUUUUUUGUUUAAAUUAAUUUUGUAGCUCUAACCACAGUAACACUACACAGCUUUCAUUAUUUAUCAAAACCGGUAUUGUGGACUGGCCAAGAAAUGUGAUCUUUGAGCAAGCCAAGUCAGAGGAGUUCACAUCACUUAAUCCCACUCUGCUUCAUCCUGAGAGUCAGGACUGUUUGCCUCAUUAGAUUUCAGAGUAACAAAAUAUUUUUCUCAGUUUGCCUGUAAGUUUAAGCAGAUUUACUAGUCAGGAUUUCCUCUAGGUUUGCGUGCAAGUGUCCCCAAUUCCAUACAGUGCGACCCUACAAUCACUCCAUUUAAAACUUGGUCAUCCAACACAUACUAGAUAUUUGCGGUAAAAUGUUGACAGCUGUGUCCUUAAUAUUUAUUAUAGAUUUAUUUAUGUUAUGUAUUACACAAACACACACACAAGCAUACCGACCUUUACAGUGUUUCAGAGUUGUAGAUACUGUUGAGUUCAGGUUUGGCCUUGUGAUUAUCCAUUUUUUUCCCUGUAACCAGCCCUUUGUUGAUGAGCAGUUGGAGUGGAUUUUGUCUUUUUUUUUUUUGUAUUUGUACAGUAAAUAAGUUUGGGAGGGGUUUCUUGUGCAGUUUGAGUUAGAAAACCUAAUGGUUUAUAUUUAAAAUAGCAUUCCUGUUCUGGUUCUUGCAUGUGUUUGCUAGAUAAAAACUAAAAUCCUGAUCUUUGGCCCAUGUGCUAUAUUCAUUUGGAUUCCUUUUACAAAGUGUGCUAACUAAAUUGAAAAGUAAGUAAGAAAACAAGUUGGCUAAGUGGAAUGAAGUAAAAUCUAGUAAAACUAUUUUUUCUAUUAAAAUGAGAACGAGAGAACGAUAAAUGAACUGUUGCUUAAUGCAAGCAGGAAUCAUCAAUAUUACCCAAGCACAGAGAAUGGGGAGCUAAAUAAAUCACUUUGAAUGAUUAUAUACAUAACCAGUCUACAAUGUUUUGCAAAUACAUCCACCAUAUAUAUCACUCUAGGUGUGUAUGUGUGGAGUGGACACACCACAAAACCUCCUGCUUCACUAAACACUGCAUAUGUAAAAGCAUCCUAAUUCAUAAACUGGCUACUGCUAAUAAAAACUAUAGAAUAAAUAUUAAACUCUGUAAUUAUUGCCAUAAAGUAAAGCAACCUACGGAUGUUUUGAGAUUAAACAUGGAAAGACUGGCAUCAUUCUUUUAUAAGCGGUGGUUGUGGUUGGGAUUUUUCUUUUGUUUAAUCGUAUUUCAGAGACACCUUUCCUUUCAGAGUAAUACAGUCUUGAAACUCUUAUUUUGUUCUCAGCAAACAAUUGUAUAAACACUUUGUGGCAGCAAAUUAUAGUUUUUGUAUUUGAAUGCUAUUCAUUGUUCAUGUUUGUGUUGUUGUUUGUAGAUACAUAUUCCAGUAAAGUUCUCUCUGAAAUAAACCUAAUCUUUAGAACUCA